AUGAAUGGCAUGCUGAAGGUGCUGUACGGCACACUGCGCAUCGCCUGCAUGGACACGCUGCCCGCCGGCGCCGCCGCCGCCGCCCCGCCGCCCCCCGCCGGCUCCGGCUCCGGGCCCUGCCUGCGCGCCCUGUUCCGCUCCCGCCAGCACUACACGCCCGCCUCGCCGCCCUGCCUGCUCUCGCCGCACACCGACAACCUCCACCAGAUCGACGCCGUGGACGGGCCCGCCGCCUUCCUCGACAUCCUGGCGCCGCCCUACGACCCCCAGCACGGCCGGGACUGCCACUACUACCGGCUGCUGGAGGGGCCGCCGGCGGGCGCCGAGCCGCCCGCGCUGCCGCGGGAGGUGUGGCUGGUGGAGACCCCGCAGGCCGCCGACUUCUGGUGCGGGGGCGAGCCCUACCCCGGGCCCCGCGUCUGCCUCUGAGCCGCCGCCAGCGCGGCCCGGGCCGGGCGGCGGCCGCUGGGACGAUGCUCUCGCCCCGCUGGGAAGGGAGUGGAGCGGAGCCCGCCCGGCCGCCCCCGCCCGGCCGCGCCCCGGGCCCUGCACAGCGGCACCGCGGGCACACGGAGCUCCGCGCCGGCCGGAGCUGCGCGGGUCUCACCUUCCGCUGACCGCGGGCUGCAUGAGUCGGGGGAAAUAAAGCGCCAGAAUGUGCUUAUGUCCUUUGGGCCGAUGUGGGGGAGCAGAGCGGUUAAACUUCUGCUCAGCUGAAGGGUCGGGGGAAUAAUCCGACAUCCUGUGUAAAUAGUUAGGGCCGCACGUCGGGGAGGGAAUUAAGGCUCUGAAGGGAGAGUCAACGCAAUAAGAAUUGUCGGCUUCCCCCGGAGGGGCUCCUGCUGCCAGAGCCAGCUGGCACUGGUGCGCCAGGGGACUGUGCCCACCCAGCCUGGGCAAGGGGCUGGUCCGGCUGCAGCCUUUGGGGACUCGGUCUUCAGAGUGAUUCUCAACAAGAGCUGUACCCCGCUAGCAAAAAAACAACCCCGUACAACUCCUGAGCCAGGACACACUCCUCCAGUAAAUGCCAGUGGUCCACAGGGCUGGAGUUGAGGGAAUUCCUGCUCUGAAGGGAUGCUGUCGAAUUCAGAGUUACUUUUCAACAGUUAUUUAAAGUGUUGUGUACAAGAUCUCACUGUUGGAAUGGAGAAUUACUGAGUGCAUCUAUGCAUAUGUCCUUCAGCAAGGAGAAGGAGACAGUCAGCUGCUAAUUAACCUUGCUUGGAACCUCUCACACAGCGGAAGGUCACAGAAACUGUGGGCAUCAUAAGAGAAAAAACAACUCUCCACUGUUGUGGAAGCCACUCUAAAAACAUGGUGUAUUUGCAAACCCUACACAUACAGCAGUGCAUACCCUAGGUACUGAUAACGUGUGACCUGCUGUCUUCUCUUUGAAGCGUGGUCUUUGUUUUUAUAUGGCCAAGAGAACGCUUUGGGCUUUUGAAGCCUUGCAGUUUCCGUCUUUAUACUAUUUAUAAAGACUACUUUUUCAUAAAGCUUUUAAAUAAAUGUAGAGUAGAAAAAACACCAGGAAUUUCACCUUGCUAUGAUGGAAGCGAUCUGGAGAUGCAGUUUGUCCAUGGCAGGGAAUGCAGUCUUUCUAACAUGGGAGGAACUUUUUCUACAAGUGAAGUACUUCGUCUGUACUGCAGGGACUGGUCUCGUGCCUGUUCGUUAAACGCACACUUGGUACCACAAACCCAGGCCAGGGCAACCUUGGCAAUCUUAUUCAUGAUGUGGCAAUUUGAAUAAGAAAACACGAUUACCAACCUCCUAAGUGACGUACCAACCUGCUCCAGAAAUCAUUCCACAACUGGCUUUAAUUUUUCUGUGUAUUUAUAAAAGCAGACUUGUUUUUCCUGUACAGUGGCUUGUGUGUGAAUUUUUAAAUGAUUCUGAUAUGGCAUUGCUGCUUUUUUUUUUCUUGGUUUUUUUUUUUUUUUGGCCUGCAAAAGAAUGAAUGUGAAAUACAGUCAGCAUUAUGCAUGCAUGGAAUAAUUCUUUUGCAAGGAAAAAUUGGUAGAAAUUAUUUCAGAUGAUUUCCAUUUAUUCUUGGGGCACUUUUAAGUGUCUGAUAUGGCUUACCUGUUUUUCUUGGAAUUCACCUGCAGCCUAGCAUUAGUUAAUGUUUAACAAUUCUCAAUCGAAUGUAGUCAUUAAGGCAGUGCCUCCUUGUGUUACAGCCUGUUUCUACCUCUCUCCAAUGCUAAUAAAGACCAUCAUCCUUUUUCAGAAGUCCGCAAAGAAGAUAGCGAGGUGCGGGCCAACAGCUGUACUGGAAAAACAAACUGCGACAGAGAGCAUUUUUUAUCUUGUCUGCGCUAUCCCCCCCUUAGGUCUUUCUGCUUGGUUUUUAAUUUUUUUCCCUCCAUGUGUAAAACCUAGUCAAGAUGUUUAAUGGGACAGGACUUCAAUGCAUCUUUCCAAAGAGGACAGCAUGGUCCCUCACGCUGCGGAGUGCUGUUAACAACCCUGGCAAAACCAUUUCUUUUUGUUUUUUUCUAUUAAGGUGUUAGCAUCAAAGUAUUAAAAGCUGGGAAAAAUAGCAAAGAAAACCUCAAAUGCAUUAAAAAAAAAGGCGCCUCUGUAACUUCUUGCUUAUUUGAAACUUCAUACGUUCUGGAUAUCUGUAAGCAGAAGGUUUAAGUCUGUAAUGCCGUUCCUUCUCUCUGCGGUCUGGUUAUUGUGUUUUCACAACAGCAAAAUUACUGUUAUAGCUGAAUUAUGGAAUAAAUACAGGAUAUCUCACCA